GUCUGUGCUCUUCCUGGAUGUUUCAGAAAACCAGAGAAAUGUUCCACUCUGAAAACAAAGGACUGGUCCUGGGCAUCAUGGCAGGGGCUGCUGCUGCAAUAAGUUUCUUCCUGAUUUGGUAUCACAAGGUCCGAAAACCUUGGGCAUCUAUACAUUUGCCUGCGUUUCUGGAUUUCUACAACGGGUUUCAUUUUGUGGGCUUACAGAAUGAAACUCACAGUGAAUCGGGAACCGUAAUGACCUUACAUGGAAGACAGCUACAGGUGCUGGAGAAAUUGAAUGACCUAGUAAUUAGUGUGGAAGAAUUGAAGAGAGAGAUAAAGUUUCUUAAAGAAGCUAUUCCAAAAUUGGAAAAACUUGUUCGAGAUGAACUCCAAGGGAAGGCCAAUGCUCACAGAAUUAGCCCUUCACACAGAGCAACAAAAAAGAGAAAAGCAGAGACAGCUCCUGGUAUACCAGACAAUACGAGCUCUGAGGCAGAAAGUGAAGGAGGUUAUAUUACAGCUCACACUGACACUGAAGGAGAAUCUGAAGAAGAAAAGGGAGGUGUUAUUUCAUCUGGAGCCACUGUUGUGAGAUCAGAAGAAGAAACAAAAUUAGCAAAUCUUCUACAGAAUGUGGACCAUUUGCAUUGUGGUUCAGUUGAUGAUAAAAAGAAGAGCUUCAGGUUGUUACUUGAGAAAAAGGAACAGUAUGGGAACCAUGCAAGGUUUCUUUGGAGACUGGCACGAGCUUACGGGGAUAUGUUCGAGAUGACUACUGAUGUUGAAGAAAAGAAGCAAUAUGUUGCAAAUGGAAAGAUUAGUGCUGGAAAAGCUAUUCAGUUGGAUGCCAUGAGUGCUGAAAGUCACCAGUGGUUUGCAGUUAUGUGUGGCUAUAUGUCUGAAUUUGAAAGUAUGCAGAACAAAAUCAAGAAUGGUUAUCUCUUUAAGGAACAUCUGGACAAAGCAAUCGAACUUAAGCCUCAAGAUCCCUUUUUAUAUUACCUAAAUGGAAGGUGGUGCUAUUCCGUAUCUCAGUUGUCUUGGAUUGAGAAAAAAGUAGCUGCAGCUCUUUUUGGAACUCCACCAACUUCAACAAUAGAGGAAGCCUUGCAGAAUUUCUUAAAGGCUGAAGAAAUGCAUCCUGGAUAUUCCAAAUAUAAUUAUGUCUAUUUGGCAAAGUGCUAUAACAAACUUGGCCAGAAAAGCAAUGCACUGAAGUACUGUGAUUCUGCACUGUCAGUUUUAUCAGUUACCAAUGAGGAUAGAGAGGCCCAGAAAGAUUUAGAAACUUUACUUCUGACACUGAAGCCAUGAUUAAAAGCACUUUUAAGUUUUCCUACUGUGAAGGUACUGUAGAAGAUCAAUGAGAAACUAGUCACAGGAGACUUUCAAAACUUGUUGAAGCCAUGGAAUAACACUCAUUGAUUUCAGUGGGAUAUGGUUCAGGUCUUUAAGCAGUUAGGAUAUGCAAAUAAUGUUUUCCAACUUUUUGAAUCAUAGCUUUAUUUUUAAUUUUUGGAUCUAAGAUUUGUUUUAAAUGGUUGUUGCUGGAAGUUUAUUUUUCUUACCAUGAAGUCCACUGCUGGCAAUGGACAGACACCGCAGAGGCUAGAAUACAAAAUGCAUUAAUCUGUGUUCUUUGAAGGAUCAGUUAAUCUGCAGCAUUAGCACAGGAUUGUGUGCAGCAUUAGCUGCUUUGUUUUUACAUUAAAUUAUAUUCUUGUCAACUGAUCUGUAUAAAUAUUUGUGAAUGUAAAUAAUGAAACAUAUUGUUAUAUGUGUGUUCCUCUGCUUUUACUCACAAAAAUAUGUAAUCUUAAUGAAAUUAAGGAAAAAACUAGUCCUAAAAAAUAUUUUUUACAUUUAACCUAUUGGUGGCUUUACCUGGAAAUGUGAAAAAAUUACAAAUCAGGUAUUACAUUUGUAUAUUAUGUUACUUGAAACCUCUGCCAGUAAAAUAUUAAAACCAGACGAGUGAACUGAAGCAUUUUGGCUAAAUCUGUUACAAUUUUGACUUGUCAGUCUGGAAAAAAAGAAGUUUGAGGCCUCUCAGGUAUAUGAAUCCUGGGCAAGUCUCUUUACCUUCUUAGGGUGGUGUCAGAUGGUCUUUUGCAACCCUUCUUACAACUAUUAUAGAUCUUUUAUGUGAGCUCUGUCUAACUUUGGUGCAGUGCUAGGGGAUGAAUGUGAGAAGUGAUCAAGGGAAGUGAUUCUUCUGUUCUGUUUAGUACUGGUGAGGCCUCAUUUGAAGUAGUGAUUAUGAAUGAGAGUGGUUAAGCAGAGCAUUGGAACAAGAUACUCAGAGAAAUUACAGAUUGUGCACCCUUUGAAACUUUCAAAAGCAGUUUGGAAAGACACGUGGCUGGGAUGGUUUAGUCAGAGACGAUCCUGCUUUGAGCAGGGGACUGAACUAUGAGAUCCCUUCCAGCCUUACUUUCCUAUAUGAUGCCUAUAUAUAGCCCUGGGGCCAUGCACCAUGCAGGCUGCAUAAACAAUCCCCCACUCCCAGCACGUGGCCCCCCCAUGCAGCCUAGGCAAUAGCACACUGUUCCCCUGCUCCCCCCGCACAUUGCCCCCCACAGCAUCCAACACAUGGCAGCAAAAGGGUUGGCCACUGGGCCCCAUGAGCCGCAUAUUAAAUGCAAGCCUCCAGUUGGACAGUCCUGUUUUAUUUCAUGUAUCAAACCAAGCGUUUAUGGAAGAGCAGAUAUCUCAGACUUGUGUUCAUUUGGAAACUGAAUCAAGGCUCACUGAAGUUAGUAGAUUCCAAAUGUGUUCAAAAAAGCUUUAGAUCAGUUUAAUCUGAAUUAAAGUAUAUAACCAGAACAAAGAAACAGUUUUUAUAAAUGUUAAUUGAAACAAGAUAGGUGAAUGUAUAAAUCUUCUUGAAUCCUUUGUUUGGUUGGAAAAUGAGGUAAUGAGUACCAAUUGACUAAUAACAAAAGAGUCUAGAACUCUAUUGCUUUUAAAACCAAUGGCAUACCCCACUCUGUUUCUGAAGUCUGUGGUAUUGCAUAUACAACUGCUGUGAUUUUGGCCCUCAGUUUAGGACUGAAUCCAGACCACACACCAGACUCACUAGUGCAGAACAUUUACUAUCAUGUCACAAAACCAGCCCUCUAGAGAGUUUAGAAAUGCGCAUUACCGCUACCUUCAACAACUUGGCUUAUUUUGUCAUGCAUGUGGAUUAAAUCUGUUCUUUAAAUUAAAACCAUUUCUUAUGAAAUUUUCACUUAAAAUUACAUUACCAAACUUCUUCAGAGCAGCUUUUCUAAACUAAAUCACUGUGCUGUUUUAAUUUUUUCACCAAUAUUAUUUGUCUGUAUGUAGGAAAAAAGGGUUUCAAAACUACCGUUGAAUACAGCUCAUUUAAGUAAUUGCUUGUGAACUAUGAACUAUGGAAGUCCUUUGCACAUCAUUUUAUUAAACAGUAAUUUCCUCCUUAAUAAAUUCAGAAGUGUUCUCUCA